AUGUUGGUCCGACUAUUGCUCCUCGCCUUGGCCCUAGUUGCCAGCUCACUCGCCCAGCUGGUGCAGGGAUCGGAUGCUGCCCCUUAUGUACGACGGAUACGGUAUCCGGCAAUCGCCGCCCGGCCCUUUGGCUACGGUAACGGGCAAAUGAUGACGUCGCAGCACAUCGUCCUCCCGUCCCAGAAUGUCUACGACCGAUACGGUGGAAACUACGGUCCGGGACUCCUGACCGGCAUGCUGCUAGGCCGC